AUGGCUUCAUCCUCCUCCACCGCCAACCAGCUAAUAAUCUCUAACCAACCAACAAUGGCUUCAUCAUCCUCUACCCCCAACCUAUCUUUCCUGGCUAUCCUCAGUACAGUCAACGUGGCCAACUUCGUUUCCAUCAAGCUCUCCGGCUCGAACAACUACGGGUCAUGGAAACUACAAAUGCACUGCCUUAUCCAGGCCUAUAAUUUGGUCCACUUCAUUGACAGGCCGAUCCCGGAAGACGACGGUGAUUGGAUGACAGAGAGAGUGGUUUUGGGGUGGAUCCUUGGAUCGCUGACCGACGCUGUUCUUAAGAGGGUGGCCAAUUCGGCGGCUACCGCCAGGGAUGUGUGGGUGGAGCUGGACAAGAAUUUUAGUGGUCGGCCACAAGUGAUUACUAUGGUGAACGCGUGGGACGAGGACCUAGUGACAAGCUUGCGCCAGAGGAGGAAGUGCAAGGAGGCCAAAGAAUACUUAGAAAGACAUCCGGAGGCCAUCUGUGCCCAAUUAACUUCCAGAUCAGACACAUGUCUCCACUUAGCUGUUGCCACCGGGGAUAAAUUUUUCCAUGAUUACCUCGGUUUAGUCAAGUUUCUGGUUAAGAAUAUGCCGAUCAACCUACUGACAGCGCAGAACAGCCUCGGCGACACCGUCCUCCAUGUGGCGGCCCGGAAUAUUGGUUUUCAUACCAAGGAUCUCUGCGAUAUGUUGUCAGAGCGGCACCACAAAAUCCCUGAUGAUCUCAUGUACGUAGCCAACAACGAGGGUGACUUCCCCUGCCACCAGGCAGCACGGGUCAUUUCAACUAUAGACAUUCGCUACUUUAUAGAGAAGAUGGACAAGAAGGACUGUUUGCUCCCAUACCUCAAGCUUCUGUGUAUGCUGAUUGAUGCUCAGUUUUAUGAUGAAGCUAAGAAGUUAUUUCACAAAUAUCCGGAAUUGGCUGGUUUGAAACUUGAAGAUGGCACCUCAGCUUUGCAAAGGUUGGUGCUCCUGGACACUGCCGUAUGGCCGGGACUUUGGGAUCGCUUAGCUAUCUGGAAUACCAGCAAAGGUCGCACUUUCCAUGCACCAUACCAUUUGAGUUUCGCUAGGGAGAUCAUGGGCCAACUGCAUAAGUUAGAAGACGAGGAGAGCUAUGGAAUCUAUGUGGACGCCAUGCUCACGGCAAUCGAGAACCGCAGUGAAAUAUAUUUCAAAGAGAUUGAACUGACGAUGGGCGAUAAAGUACUUAUGUGGGAUAAGUUGGAGUAUUGCGCUAAUGGAGACUUUCCACUACACUUGGUCGCAAGGUUGGCGCCACCACACAAGCUGAAUCUUGUUUCCGGUGCUGCUCUGCAGAUGCAACGCGAGUUACAGUGGUUUCAGGAAGUAGAGAAGGAAAUGUACAGCUAUAAUGAUUCUUUAAGACUACGGACCAACUACUUCGAGGAAACUGCUGAGAUUGUAUUCACAAAAGCCCACCAACAACUAAAAGUCGAGGGUGAAAAGUGGAUGAAAGACACGGCAAGCUCGUGCACCAUCGCUGCCGCACUAAUAGCCACAGUUGUGUUCACGGCCGCCAUCACUGUGCCUGGAGGCAAUGAGUCGAGCAAAGGUUAUCCAGUCUUCUCCCAGAAAAGAGCUUUCGUAGUAUUCGCGGUCUCGGAUGCCGUCUCCCUCUUCACGUCGACAACUUCACUACUGAUGUUCUUGUCAAUCUUGACUUCACGCUAUGCGGAAAUAGAUUUCUUGUAUGCUCUACCCAAGAGGCUGUGCAUCGGGCUCUUUUCCCUCUUCGUGUCCAUAUUGUUCAUGAUGGUGGCCUUUAGCGCGACACUUUAUUUAGUUUUCG